CGCGGGCGUGGAGCCGCCGCCGGGCGGGGAGGGCAGAGGGAGGGAGGGGCGGCGGUGGGCGGGCGCGGGGCGGCGGCAGCCGGGGAGGGAGCCGGGCGCCCCGCGGCCCAUUCGCGACCGGCGGCGACGGCGGCGGCAGCGCGGGGCUCGGCGGCGGUUGCCCCCCGCGGGCAGGGCCUGUCAGCGGCGGCCGCCCCCUCCCCGGCGAUGAAGGCGAGCCCUGCGGCAGCCGCCGCCGCGGCGGCGGGGCCGGGGCAGGCGGGGGGGCCGCGGGAGCCCGAUGCGCGCUGGCGGGAGAAGGGCGAAGCGGAGGCGGAGCGGCAGCGCACCCGGGAGCGGCUGGAGGCCACGCUGGCCGGGCUGGGCGAGCUGGAGUACCUGCGGCAGCGGCAGGAGCUGCUGGUGAAGAGCCUCCUGCUGCGGCGGCCGGCGGGCGCGGGGCCCGGGGCGCAGGGCGGGCGCGGGGAGCCGCCGGGCGAGGGGCCGCCGCCGCGCAGCCUGGAGGAGAAGUUCCUGGAGGAGAACAUCCUCCUCCUGCGGAGGCAGCUGAACUGCUUGAGGAGGAGGGACGCCGGCCUAUUAAAUCAGUUACAAGAGCUAGAUAAGCAAAUAAGUGAUCUCCGCCUGGACGUGGAGAAAACGACGGAUGAACACCUCGAGACAGACAGUCGUCCAAGUUCAGGGUUUUAUGAGCUGAGUGAUGGAGCUUCUGGAUCGCUCUCCAAUUCAUCUAACUCUGUCUUCAGUGAGUGUUUAUCCAGUUGCCAUUCUAGCACUUGCUUUUGCAGCCCUUUGGAGGCAACACUGAAUAUCUCAGAUGGACGCCCUAAAUCUGCAGAUCUCAUAGGCUGGAUGGACUAUAAUAAGGAAGGCCAGCAUGAGGACCAGACCGCAGGCUCUGUCUGUCGCUCUUUGUCCACACCGCACUCAAAUUCCCUCGAUGUCGUUGCAGAUGUACAUCCAAAGUACCAGUGUGAUCUGGUGUCUAAAAAUGGGAAUGACGUCUACCGGUACCCCAGCCCACUCCAUGCAGUAGCUGUGCAGAGUCCCAUGUUUCUUCUCCCCGUGACUGAAAACCCCCAGCGAGAAGAGGAGAGGCUUGGUUGUGACGUUAGCGAUGUUUGCGCUGGAUCUGAAACAGACUCUGGAAAAUCCACUAACACCUUUGUCCCGCAAAGCUCCUGGCUGGCGCCGUGUCCUUCCACCAGCAAGAGGAUAGACAGUUACAUCUUAAGCCUGGUUCAGAAAAAGACUCACGCGGUAAGGACUAACAAACCCAGGACGAGUCUCAAUGCCGAUCCCACCAAAGGGAUCUUGAGGCAUGGAAGCAUGUGUGUCAGGCAGCCUGCUGGGGUGGUGGCUCAUGGUAACGUCGUGAACCUGAAGAGCUCCAAGCAAGCAUGCUUGCCUUCUGGUGGGACCACUGCUCUGGACCAUGCGGCACCCUCCCCAUUAAAGCAGAGGCCAAGGGAGCCAGCCGGUGAGCAGCUGGAGAGUAGGAAGGCACCUUUGCCAGCAGCUUUCCCACCCGCCACGACAAGUGAACUUCAGAGCAAGCACCUGUCACGGGGUGUCAAACCGGCACCUCCAGAGCUCAGCCGCAACACAGUGGCUGCAGCGGGGGAUGUCCCCAAAGAGAACGGUCAGCUCUUUGCUGCAUCUCCCAAAGAGAGCCCGGGGAAGCCCGUGGUGCUGCAGCCGGAGAGCCACCGGGUCAGCCAGCCUCCCAAAAAAGUCCUGCUGAAGAGCAGCUUGCAGGCGGCUCGCUCCUCAUCGCCUGCUGUUGAGGAGAGGCCCGCGCUGGAUUUCAAAAGCGAGGGCUCUUCCUCCCAGAGCCUGGACGAUGGGUUGCUGGUCAACGCCCAGUACAUACCGGCCCAGCAGCAAAGCAUGAAGCUUCACAAAGGCACCCGAAAUGUCAAGAUUUUGAAAAGCUCCGUGCUGAAACACAGGCCCCACCUUGCCAACGGGCUGGAAAACAGUGUGCAGACCUUGCGGGAGAAAACCAAGCCUGUUGGCAAGAAGUGCCGCUUUCCUGAUGAGUUGGAUACAAAUAAGAAACUGAAGAAACCCUCCUCACGGGGGAAGAGAGGCAGCAGCUUGCAGCAGGAGUCGGGCAUCCCAAGUCGGCAGGCUGGCCUGCACAAAUCCGCCAUUCGGUCCCAUGGGCAUGGCCGAGAGGUCGUGGUGGCCAAGCCUAAACAUAAGAGGGCUGACUACCGCCGGUGGAAGUCAUCGGCAGAGAUUUCGUAUGAGGAGGCCCUACGGAGGGCGAGGAGGAACCGGCGGGAAGGUGUGGGGGUCUACUCACAGGUCCCCCUGCCCUACGUCAGCCCAUACGCCUAUGUGGCCAGCGACUCGGAGUACUCGGCGGAGUGCGAGUCCUUGUUCCACUCCACCGUGGUGGACACGAGCGAGGAUGAGCAGAGCAACUACACGACGAACUGCUUUGGGGACAGCGAGUCAAGCCUGAGCGAGGUGGAGUUCGUAGGGGAGAGCACGACAACCAGUGACUCUGAUGAGAGCGGGGGCCUUAUUUGGUCUCAGUUUGUCCAGACACUCCCCAUCCAAACAGUCACAGCCCCAGAGCUGCAUGAAAAUGCAGCAAAGGCCUUUGUCAAAAUCAAAGCCUCCCAUAACCUCAAGAAGAAAAUCCUUCGCUUUCGGUCGGGCUCCCUGAAGCUCAUGACAACUGUCUAAUGAGGUGACUCGGUGGAAUGUAUCUGCUUCUGCUUUCCGAAGCAAGGUGCUUUUGUGUACAUAUUUCCACAGAUUUUUUUUCUUUUUAUACAAAUAUUUAAAACUUAAGGUAAAUUAUGUCACUUGUCUUCAGAACUUGGGUGGAUACUAGUGCCUUUUAUGUGGAAAUUAAAGACCGUUAUACUUGUUUUUAAAAAAACAAAACCAUAACAAUGCCAUUUCAGUGGUGAACAGCCUCCAGUGCAUGGUGUCAGAAGGCUUUGAAAAAAGGCUGAUGUUUCUGGGAAUGGAUCUUCCUUGCCUAGUUUUUCCAGUUCUGGGUCUUAUACAGGAUAUCAACAGCUUAAGGUCAUAAGUUUUUAGGGGAUAAGGGGGAGGGUAUGUGGGUGGUCUUCAUGUUUUUACUUGUCCCUUUCUGCUGCUCCUGUUGCCACAUCUGGAACUUCUUCCUCCUGGCCUUUUUUUGGUUGGGUUUUGGUUUUUUUUUUCCCUUUUCUUGUUGAUUCUCUUCUUGAAACUCACCCCUGUCCUCCCCCAGCCUUCCCCCACCAGGAAAGGGCUCCUGUUCAAUCUCUCUGAGGUUAAGUCAUCUUCUCUGGAGUGCACUCUGCUCUAAUCUCCUGGGAGUCCCACUCCGGACGGUGGUGGUGUUGAGAGUAAACUGUUGGAGUAGCUGACCAAGGUGUAGUAACUUCAGUAUAUUGUGUAAAACUGCUUUUGAAAAAGAAAAAAAACCCCAUAUGCAUGUCACGUGCAUGAGUAUCAGUAGUUUAAAUAUUCCUGUUGAUGUCCAAUUUACUGUACAUCAUCAAUGGCUGUUUUUAUAUAUAUAUAUCAUUGUGUAAAUUAAUAUAACACAUCAUAUGCUGUAAUAAACAGUCUGUUUUAAUACUUAAAGUUUGUUACAUUGAUGCAGACCCAGUCAGUGGUUUUAUAUUGACUCUGUCACCACUUAGAUGUCUCCGAUGUGACCUGUUAAUGUUCUCUGCAUUUAGCCAUGCAGGAAACGGAGUAAGAUUAAAAUGUUGCUGGGAAUGUGACUUGUGCUUUGAAGGAACCGGAUUGUCACGGCUCCUCUUGUUCUUUCUGUAACUUGCAUUUUUUAAGGACAAAAUGGGAUUUAGGAGCUCACAGGCAUUUUUUGGUUGUUGCUUACAGGCAGCUCGUGUUGCGGAGCAGAUGGAAAUGUAAUAUUAAUCCUCCUUGCUGUCAGGGUGCUUGCAGACUUUGGUUGGUACAACAUGGGGGCAGAUGGUAGGUUUCUGUAACCAAAUAGAUCUGUGUAAUGCAACAGGUGUCCCUCUGAAAUGUCCAGGAAAUAAAUCCCCAAGAGCUGUGUGCUCUGGAAGCUGGGCUGGGUGGAGGAGAGCACAGACUUGCUGUCCCUGGUGCCCUCUUUAGGUAUGGUAGCUGACUGCUAUCACAGCCCUGAUAAGGUUAUGGAAAGAAGUGACAAUUGUGUCACCCACUGGUCUCUCUCAGUUUCUUUCUUCCCAUAGGACUGGAGGUGAGUCUGCCAACAAAGGAGAAAGGAGCUAACUGUAGACAGCAUUGCUUCUCUUCGCAGCAGCAGCUUUGAAGCUGCCUGGUGGGAAGGCUGGAGGUUUGUGGCAGGGCCCAGAGGCUGGGCUGGUUUCUGCAGGUUCAUCUUCUGCUCUGGCACCCUUGAAGUGGUGGACGUACAACUGGUGUGGAUGCUGUGACUGCUAUGAAUUUCAGGGAUAUGUGUACAGCUUGUCCAUUCCAUAGCAAGGUCUGCUGAGCAGACACCUUCCUUUGUGAUGACUCUGUGUCCUUUGGGCUGUCACCUACCUGAAAGGCAGAGGGUUUUUUCUCAGUUUUCCUUGCAUUGCAAGUGUAGCAAGGAGAUAUCUACCCAGAAUUAAAUGUCUCAUGGAGCAUCUUCUGAGACAGUGGUAAAUUUCUAAGUGGCAGAUUUUGUUUUUUAAUCUGCAGUGUAGCAAACCCCUACGUAUAAAAUAUGUUUCUCGUAUUACUUUUUUUCCCUUUUCUUAACAGAAGAAUGUCAGUUUCUGUGAAGGGGUCUUGCAGUAUGGUCACAAGGUUCUGCAUUCAGUGACCCAGAAAGUCCUUGUACUUCCAUCUCCCAUGAUACAGGAAAAGCUGUAACUGGUCUUCUCUGGUCAUAACUCUCCCAUGGCUUUACACAUGGAAAGGCAGCUUAUAUCUGUCUAUGCGUAAAAUGUUUAUAUAUAAUAUUUCAUCCAGAAAUUACUGGACAAUGGCUGUCACUGCAGAGAGGGGAGAGAAGUAAUGUUUGUUAUUAAACAUGGCAUUACUAAGGCUAAGCAGCAACUUAGUGCAUUCCCCUUAAUAACUGAUGGGUGUUAUAUCAAACAAAGGGAAUGUCAAGAAACUUGUUGAAGCUAGUAGUUUCUUUCCUGGACUAUCUCUUAAUCGUGCCACAUAAUCUCUCUUUGAGCGAGAAAAACAUGCAAAUCCCUGUAAAUCUCCUCAAAGUGGAGUGGGGAGGAUCUUCAGACAUGUACUCUGUCUCUUUGGCUGUAAAGUAGCUGCUGGUGAGAAGACAAACCAACCAGUGGCUUUGGGAUGAUGAGUUUUUAAUUGCACAUUGUCUUGUACCAGGUGAGGGAAGCUGGUUUUCAAAAGUGAGCUGCUGAAUAGUUUCUUGUUAGAUAAUUGAGUAAAAAAAAAAAAAGAAAAUGACCACCUAAAUAUUGUAAGACUGUAUCAGAUGCAACCACUGUAUUCUGCAGUACUUGUGCUGAAUAGUUUAAUAGUUUAAUACCAGACGGGGAAAUGAGCUGAUGCUAUCUCCAUCUUAAUUGCAUCCAAGUCUUUUCAGUUUGGGGAAGGAAUUUUCCUUUUCUUACAUGAUUUAGGUAAGCAUCCAGAAUCCUUUAAACAGGCCUAGUUCUUUCUACAACACCCCCCACCCCCACCCCCACCCCUACCCCUUCCUUUGUGUUUUUUUUAAAUAGAAGAUCUUUCAGUGCUGGAAAAGUACUUGAUACAGUCCCAAUACACAACACACAUUCUCUUCUCUGGUUCUGAUUUAGGAAACACAUCGAAGUUAGUAAGUUUUUGCAAUGUUAGGUUGAAAAACAUCUGCUAAUCUUGGAGACCAGUUCAGUAUCUGGCACUUCUUUAAGCUACCUGGCUUUCCAGCUCCACAACCUUGAGGCCUUGCCAGUAUAUUUUUCAUAAUGUUCAUGUUUUAAUUAUCCCCAGUGUUUAUGAUAGUCUUUGGAAGUUUGAGGCGGGAACAUUUCUCUUCAUUGCACUGGGGCCUAUUUCAAGGUGAGGGCAAGUUGAAGAGGUUUGGGAUUAGUUACCCCUGUGCUCCAUAUGUAACUGAGUGCGGGAAAGUACAGAAAGCAUAUGCUUAAUAUAAAGGACAAAGGCAGACAGACCCCUUUAGCUGGAUUCCUUGCAAUUCAGGCUAUAUAGUGUCGCUGCACACCUCUGAAGUACCAUCUCUCCCGCUGCAGGAAUCAGUGCCACACACCCUCUGAGGUGCUGUCAUCUGAAAGGGCGGAGUGUCACUGGGCUGUCUGCCUUCCAGGAGGCUUUUUGGGUCUGUCUUCUGCUCCCUAACCCCAGCCACCAGCUGUGGGUCAGCAGAUGACGAAGCGAGCUGUGUCCGGUGUGUGCAGGGUCAGUGAGGCCCUGGCAUUGUGCCUAGAUGUCCCAGCUGUGGUGUGGACCUCAUGCUUGUCAUGAGAAAUUUGAUGUGCCUGUGGCACAAGGGUUUGGACAGCUGGGUUUGAAGGAAGGUGAGAAUGGAGAGUCCCGUAAAUGGAGUCAUCUAACCUUGACUCAUCUGUAUUUCCAGGAGAGGCUGAAAGAGGAGGUGUUUCAGUCUGAUGCUUAGCUCAGUAAAUUGGACUGGGCUAAACAGGGUCCUCUGCAGGUCUCUGCCUCAUUUCUUCUAGUACUCUUUAAAUGAUCAAGGCCACUGUCAGCACUGCCAGUUUCUUUAACCAUCUGGUGAAGUCCUGCAAGAGCUUUACUAGGACAAGUGAUAAGCACCAGUCCCCCAGGUCUGUAUUUGACCUUCCAUAGCAAAACCCCUGCUUGCAAAAGAGCCUGCUGGUCCUAGCCCUCUGCAGCUUUCCAUGUCCUGGAGCUUCAGAGGGAAUCUGUCCAUCCCUUGCAAGUUUUCUUCUGGCUUGAGGUUCAUCCUGGGUAAGGACAGACAAAAGAUUCUCCAUGAGUCCUGUGCCUUCACUAAUCCCAAAUCUCUCUGUCUGUUGGCUCAGAGCAAGGUCGGGCACUCCUCAGGUGGCAGCUGGCAAAGCCAUCCUUGAGGGAUCUACAUCCCUUCCUGCCACAGCAGAGCCUUUUAUUAGCUGCCAUCACCACUCGGGGGAUGACUCGCCACGCCGGGCGGGUAUGGGUCUCCCUCACCCUGUGAUUUUUCUCAUGGGAGGGAGCAAGGACAUGAACAUUUUGAGGAAGCAGAAACAGCUAAAGACAUUUUUAAUAGCUAACUUCAGUAUCUAGUACAUAUCUUUUGGAGUAGCUAACAAUAAUACAGACAACUGAGUUGCUAGUACAAAAAACCUGAACCCUUCUCAGCUCUUUGCAGUGUCCUCUGCACAAUGCAGAGAGGAUGCAGAGACUGCAAACUGGUGGAGACCAUUCAGAAACCUCAGGUCUAUCUUUCAAACUUGCCUUUCUCCUGAGUUUUUCUGAACUUGCCAGGAAUUGUGCUGAGGCUCCUUGCAUGGCAUGAUGUUUCUUUCUCUAACUAAACGGUAUAGAUGGAGCACUGUGGUGAAAAACAGUUGCUCUGGAGUUUAAAAAAAACCCACAAUGCUGGAAUGAGGGGAGACAUACGGAAACAAGUGGGAGAUUGGUUUAAGAGGGAUAAAUAGAAAGUGCUUUUUUACACAGCAGGGGAUUUUCUGCCACAGGAAAGGGCAAGACAGAUACAGUAUCAGCAAGUUCAAAGGGGUUAGAGAAGGUAGGGAAGGAUGUGUGCUCUACCAUCCCCAAUGACUGUGGGUGCUAGGAGGCAUGUGGGGUGAAUGGACUGCAAAUAGUGGCCGGGCUUGCGUGCUCCCCCUAAAGACUUUUCCUGCAGCCACUGAAGCACCAUUAGCUGGAGGAGAUGCACCAUCCUGCUGACUCAGCAGGCCAUUUCCUGCAUUCCUAGGAUCUUGGUGCAGCUGAUGGGCGUUGUCUAUGCAAUUGAAUUUCCUCACUCUUUAUUUGGCCUCCCAACUGCUGCUGAAGACAAGUGUUGCAUUGCUUUGCAAAGCGGUUCACUUUGCAGGCUUGGCUGCUGGUGGCAUGCAUUUAUUCAAGCUAUGGACAUGUAUUUCUGGCCACUCUUGUCCUAUGGCAGAAUAAUUUCAUCCACCCUUUCACUUGGGCAACCUGUGCUGAUGUCCUCUGUUAUGGUGAGCGUCGUCCCACUGUAAUGAGAACACUGUUAUGGACAUAGUCCCUAUGUUAGUCUACUGUGUGAGUCACUGUUUGGCAGCAAUUUUACACCCUACAGUUUCUUCUAAACUGUAGAAAAAAUUGAUGACCUCCAAACCAAAUGAACCAUCCUAGUGACAGAAUGCACCUACUGCACCUUGCCUUGCGACUUUGCUGUCCUUGGAGAGCUUUUUCUCUCCCUCUGACUGUCUCUACCUUUCUGCUUUUGUUUGAAGCAACAGAGCAAUCUGGAAGUGAAUCCCAUGGUCAUCUGCACUUACUGCGUGUUGGUUUGGACAGCAGAGCAGUUUUGGUGGAAGCUAGCUAGAUGCCUCUGGAAUGCUAACCCAGACAGUCUACUCCAGGGGCACAGCAAAUGUGCUUCUACCUGGACAGGGACAUGGGAGUCAGAACCAGUGACGGCUCCCUGAAAUAGCUUCCAGUCAAAAAAUGUGGACAAGUUUGGUCCAAAUGACAUUGGAGACUAGACUAAAUCUAGGCUGAAGUAAACACUUGAACUGCGUAUAUUGUACCUGGGGGGACCUCAGUUUGGAUCUGCUCUGUUUGUGCUGAAUGACUUGUUAAUGUAAAGAGAGCCUCUCAAUUAAUGGCCUUUGUUUCCAUGUUGUAUUCCUUUAAGAUCAAUAAAGUAUAUUAACAUUAAUAACUUGA